AUUAGUGAACGAAUAUUAAACAGUUCAUUUAAUAAGGCAAAUUAAAUGGAUAAGAUUAUGACACACGUCACUCACUUAUAUUCAUAAAGAGACUCGACUAAAAAUCAUUCUUGCCCUCACAACUUUUUCUAAAAAAAAAAAACCUAGAAGAAUAGGAAGAGACAGGUGAGAGAAUAUUUGAGAUGGGAAGCUUGGGAGAAGAAGAUUUAGAGAAGCUUGUGCUUGAUUAUAUUGAAUCAUCUCCGAUCACUGUCUCCGAUCAUCUUGAGACUUCUCCAACGGUUCUUAUCACUCUUGAGGAGAUUCUUAGGGCAAAAGGAGAAGAAGAGAAGGAGAUGGAAGACAAGAUAAAGUCGUUUAUGAAGAGAGGAAGGCUAUCAUAUGAAGGAGACGAUGAGAAGCGAGAUGUGAUGAACAAAAUUGUCUCUAAACUCAGAUCUGAUGGCUACGAUGCUUCUCUUUCCAAAACCUCAUGGGACUCUUCAUUUGAUCUUAGUGAAGGGUGUAGAGUGUUUAGGUGCUCCAGGAAGUACGAGUACAUUGACGUCAUGGUCAAGGAUGGUCGCGACGGUGAUGGCGUAAGCAAGCUGAAACGUGUGAUAAUUGAUCUUGACUUCAAAUCUCAGUUUGAGCUAGCCAAACAGACACAAGCUUACAAAGACAUAACUGAGAUGCUUCCGAGAGUGUUCGUGGCGACGGAGGGGAGACUAAGAAGAGUUGUUUCGUUGGUUUGUGGUGAGAUGAAAAAGUCGAUGGAGAAAGAAGGAAUGUCUAGACCACCAUGGAGGACUUCAAGAUACAUGCAGUCCAAGUGGCUACCUGAGAAUCGUCGAAGAGUCUCUGGUUGCAAGAAAGGGUCUUGGUCGUGGUCUGUGUUUGAUGAUGGUGGUGAAGGAAAACGUCAAGCUAGGAGUUGGACAGUGAGUGGUGGUGGUCCGAAAACUAAGUGUUGUUUUCCUAUUUUCUGAGAGGUUUAAGCAACGUUUUUUCUUGUUGUUUUGUCAAUUUUUAAAAAAUUUAAAACAUCGGAGUUGUUUUUUGUUUGUUGCUUCUUAUGAUUAUUCCUUUUUUGGGUGGUGUUCUUGAAAUUUUUGAAUUGCCAAAAAAAAUGUGGGGCUUGUUGUCAGGGUUUUUUCUGAUGCUAUCUAUAUUGCAUCUUCUACUUGUAUCAACAGCCGAUGGAUAUAUAAUAUAUAUGUUUUUGUCGUGA